CCCCGGCCCGGCCCCGCCGCCAGCCCCGGCAGGAAGGGCCGCAGCCCGCGGGCGGGCCGGGCAGCGCCGCGGCCGCCAUGGCCGUUUGCAGAAGGUACAGAGUUGUUGGUGACACGACAAAUCACGUAGCUGAGGCAGAAGAGGAGGGAGCUGCACUGUGGCACUUCAUUCCCCAAAAAGUAUUUGCAUGAACAGACACGACUUCACAGGCUUCUGGUCCUCGCCUCAGCCUUUUGAGCCUGCCAAUCAGUCAUAUUGUCAUCGGCUGCAACACGACAUGUAUUUUCUUACAAGCAAUAGCCGACUGAACGAGCAAGUGGUUGAUAAAAUUAUUCUUCAGCUUAACAGAGUCUACCCUCAAAUUCUUACCAACGCAGAAGCAGAAAAGUUCAGGAAUCCAAAGGCAUCGCUCCAUACCAGACUUGCAGAUCUGCUAAAGCACCUGCAAAAGAAAGGAGACAGACACUGUCAAGAGUUUUACAGGGCUCUACAGAUCAAUGCCGAACAGCUCUAUAAUGACCUGCCAAGCAGGAAAAUCUUGAAAACCACAGAUUCCACAGAGAUAGACACUGACAAGGAGAAAUAUAUGCUAAAUGACAGGGGUCCAGUGUUUUUCCUCGCUUGUUUUAGCAUCGCGGCAGGAUUUGCGCUGUUUUGGUACUGCUCUAACUCAGAUACGAAGGUCGUAGGAAGAGCCAGGAGAAUCUUGGGCUUUUCUCCUCUUAUCAUAGGAAGACACGUUAGAAAUAUUUGUAUGUUGUAUUUGGAAGACAUAUCAAGAAAUUAAGGAAAAGCUGCCUCUUCGCUUGUCUGUACAGUAUACCUGCCAAGGGAAGACAACGGUGCAUGAAUAUUAAUGUACUAUACUCUCAUACCAAAGAUUUUUAUUAACUAGCUUAAUCAACAAUUGCGUUGCCUCAAGAUGUAUUCAGAAUUUCGGCUUUACAUGUCCUUCCUUAUUGGAACGGACCAUUUAUUUUUGUAAAUGCUUAUUUUAAAAUAUUUAUCAUUUGGAUGAAAAAAUAUUUUUAAUACAAACUUUAAAAGAAAAUCCUAAGUGAUCAUGGGUCUUAAGCCAGGCUUGCAUAUGUGUUUUAUACUGGAAUGAAGGAUCACGACUUUAAAGAAUGCUAGCCUGUCUUUUGUGAUAAUGUAAGAAAAGCACUUAAAAAGCCACAUGCACUCAAAGCCUUACUAAGAAAUGGAUCUCCAUCUCAGGAUUGUCUGUUUUGUCUGUAUCCUUUAUGCUUUUGCUGCCUGAGCUCAGGUGGGCCCUGGCACCCGCGAGGUUCAUCAGUGCCGGUACGACCCAUGUUGUGUCACCCUCCUGUUGGUUCGUGUUGGCGCUCGGGUCAGUUUGGUGCAGGGCCCAGCCCCGAGAAGAUUUGUCAGAUUUAUUUAGCUUUUCCAAUGCAUGUUUUGCAGUCUGUAUAUGUAAGAAGCUGAAGUAAUCCAAGAUAUUUUAUAGGGACUUAAGUGCCACGACGUGGGGCUCUUUAUGGCCAAAAAUAAUAACUUACUUGAAGGUUUUUCGUAAUGUCAUUUGAUGACGUUAUGUUUUCCUUCUGUAAGUUGAAACCUGAAAAACUUGGAGAAACCAUUGAAAGGCUAAAAUCCUUGGGGGAGAUGCAGGGAGUCAGUGCUGCAAGUGGAGCAGCUUGGGUUUCGUAGCUUCAGGAACGUAACCGUGCUCCUGCGCCCCGUCCCGAGGGACGGGCGGGAGUUCUGACCACCCGUGAGAAACCAUGUUGUCAGUGGAUGGUUCUUCAAUUAUAAUACCUGCUCAGGGGUGUAAGGAGCUUGGGGACACCAUGUCCCUGCGCUUGGUGAGAAAGGGGCUUUGGGGCUCUUCAUUCACUCAGAUUUCCGGGUUAAAUCAACUGUCGCCUGAAUGGAAGUUGUGCCUUCAUCACACCACACGCUAGAGGAUCCCAUGCAAAAUUUUAAGGCAUUUGGAGUCAGACUGAAAAUUGUCUUCCAGCUUUAAACUUUGCUCAUGCUAUAAAAAUGUCAUCAUCUUCUCCAAAGCAAAUCAUCUUGGAUAUAACUGUAUUUCCUUCCAGGACAACACUCGUCUGAUAUAGUAGCAAGCACAUGGUCCGGGGGAGGAACUGGGUGCAGGGCUGAAUUUUCAAAUAAAAGACCCAAAGAGGAUUUGCAGGAAAUGUCCUAAGAGAUGUAAAAGGGCUGGAGGACCCUGGUUUUACUCUUCUGAUAAAAUGUUCUUCCCUGUGGCAUUGGAGCGUGGUGGGGAUGCGAGCCCACCCCAUGAGAGGUGGCCGCACUCUUCGUUAGGUCACAGCUCGUUGUCUCCGUGGGCAUCGCUGGUGUUGGUGCAGCUCGUCUGGAACCAUAGAAUGAAUCAGAGAAUGUCCUGGGUUGGAAGGAACCCACAAGGAUCAAGUCCAACUCCUGUCCCUGCAUAUGGCAGCUCCACAGUUCACACCGUGUGUCUGAAGGUUUUUGUCCAGUCUCUUCUUCAACACUGUCACAACUGGGGCUGUGACACCUCCCGGGAACACCAGGGUGAGCUGGGCCGGGCUCAGGGUGACGCUGUUGGCUGAAGGGUUUGUUCUGCCAGGCAGCCGGGCUCUGAUUUCAGGAGUUCCCCUGCGGAUGGUGCCUCCGGCAGCUGCAUUCCCGUUGACUCAGCAGUCUGAGCAGCGCCCAUAGCCCUGCAGCGCCCGUGGGGUUUGCUGUGCAGACAGACAGACAGACCCCGAGGUGAGCAGCGGGCCGGGGGUGUUACAAACACCAACAGCCCGAUUGCAGCAGGGUGAAACCUGGAAUGAGACAAGUGCCACGCGAACACAAGAACUCCCAGCAGAGCAGUUUAUUUUGGCUCUUUUUCCCUUGGCUCCACCCCACCAGCUCUUGCAUCAUGUUGAUCUCAGCUCAGCUGGGCCUGGGACUGGGCAGAAAGCAGUGCUGGAGACGAGCGCGAUUCCUGCAGAGCUGAACAGGGAUCUGCUGCUGUGCUGCCGUCCAGCUUCGGAAGUGCCUUAUUUAUGUAUUCUGCUGUUGUCUGCCUUGUGUUUAAGGUGACAACAGGUUGGGGUUUUGUUUUUUACCUCCAGCAAACCACUUCUAAUUUAUAACAUUUGAAAUGAAAUGUUCCUUUCCUCACUACUGCUGAAGUCCUCUAGCAGCCCCUUUUUAAGGGACUAGAAAAAAAAUACCACUAAAAGUGUUUUAAAUCUUUACCUGGAAGCCAACUUUGAAGCCUCGUUAGAGGAAUGGUAUUCCAUUUUACACAAAAAUGUUACUCAAAGUAGUUGCAACAGUCGCAUCCCAUUUUAAAGCAGAAACAGAGGCCUUAUCGCUGCAAAGCAGACUCUUUCUGUUUAGAUUAUGCACUGUGUUACCCCUUCGAUAACAGGUUGCAAAUUAUUGUGAGCAGUUACUGAAACCUGCAGAAGUUAUUGGUGCCUUAUUUAAUCCAAAGGUGAGAUUCUGCUGCACUUACCGGUUCUGGGAUCUCUUGCAGGGCCAGGAGCCCUCCAGGAUCAAUUGAACCGCCCCGGAGCACCUGGCUGUGCAUGGGACAUGCUCCUCCAGCUCCUUACGCCCUUUCUUGAGCCUUGAGAACCAUCUGCAAUAGGAAGGUUUACUAAAGGCUGCGGCUGUGCUUCUUCCCUGUCUGAGAUUGCUUGAGAUGAAGAUGCUUCUCAGGGAAAUACAAAACCAUCCAGGAUGAGCUGAUCCCAGAUUUAGGGCUGGGCCAAGGGAGGAAGAAGGGGGCUUUGUUUGUCCUGGUGGUGUUAGUUAAAGGACCUGGCACACGCAGACAGCAGAUGAAGUGAGAAUUCCACCUGUGGUUCUGGAGGAAGGCUGUGUGGACCUCCAUGGAGUCAGGUCCUUCUAGGCAAGCAGUGUGAUUUACUUGGAAAUAAAUAAAGUAGGGUCUUGGAUGAGCCUGUCUGGCUGCAGAAUUCCAGCUUCCCGAUCAAGAAUAGCUUGGCGUUUGCUGCUGAAGCUGUACCGGUAUUGAGGAAUGUGCUUUACGUGCAGGGAAGUUGUCUUGGCUGUGUAACAUUCAGUGGGCGGUUAAACAUGAAGAGGAUAGAGGCCGUUCUUGUGAACGCCGUGGUUGUCGCGCUGCCGACAGCAGAUGUACAGGAGCUAAUAGAAUGGCUGUGUUUUCAGCAUACCCUCGCCUUUUGCAGAUCUCAUUGAAGAAGUAAAAUGCUUGCAGCCCUGUGCCUUCAGCAGCAUCGUGGGCUGCGGAGCUGAACGGCUGCUGUCCUGGAUGUGGCUGGGGAGCGGGAUGCGCCCAUGGGGACCAUCCCCUCCGCUCUGUGCCACCCAUGCCAGAGUCCCCAGGAGAUGGCGGGGAGCUCCACGCUCUUCUCCCUCCCCAUAUCCAGCCACUAAUCAUCUUCCUUCCCUGUUUUUUUCUUACGAGUGGGAUUUUUGAUUUAAAUAAAGCUGGGCUGCCUCUGAUUGUCCCGGCGGUGAUGUCGGGCUGCUGGCUGGAGGACAAGGGCUGUCUGGUGCGGUGACCCCGAGCAGAGCACAGCCCCACCACCAAACCAGCGGCGUGCAGAGGGCGCUGGGAAGCAAGUGACAGAUCGUACAAUGGAUUUGCACAAUUCCGUUUGAAGACAGGCUGCUAUUUAAAGUACUUCAGUGAAGGACGGUGUGCCUGCGAGCCAGAGCACGAAUAAAGUGAUGAUUCAUUCUGGGACAGAGCGGGCACUGCACAGCUGCCGAGGGAAAACUACUGUUUCUUUCACUUCUGCUUUCAUUUUUUUUUCUCAUAAUGUAAUAAGUUGAAAACAUUUGGUUAAACCGUGCAGUUGUGGAUGCUUUUCACUGCUGUUCUGAAUGCACAAGUGCUAUUCCACGGAGGUGCCGUGCCGUAGGUGUGUAACCAGCGUUGCUGUUACACUGAGAAAUGCAGUUUGCUGUACUUCACAGCUCCUGUGUUUUACAAUCGUUUCCCUUAACGUACGUCUUCUGGAGUUCUGUGGAAAUUAAUGGAAUUUGUUUGUUUUUUAAUGGGAUGAAGCUGGCAAUUAAAUUGAAAUAAAAUCUAUACUGAGACAAAAA